AUGGUUCCACCUUGUCUCAAGAUCAGAAACGACAUAAAAAUAGACAACGAAGCGUCGAAGCGAGAACUUGAGAAGAUCAUGUUCAAGCACCGUAUCCGUCUUCUGAGCCUAUUGAUCUCCGAUACGAAACGUACAAUGGCUAGCUUGAGACAAACGAAGCAGAACAUGAACCGUAAGAUAGACGAAGACUUCGAUCAACCCGACGCAGAAAGGAUACGCAAGAUGGUGAAAGAGAAAACUGCUACGAUCUUCGAGAAGGUUAGAGCGAGAGAGAGACGGAAAGUAUCCAGUAUGAAAACAAGGCAGGUAAUGCAAAUGAACAACGAAGCUGAAUGGAUAGUGAACACUACGACUGUGGAAAUCCCGGACUAUGUGGAACGAACACUCAUGCUGGGCCCAAAUUUCAACAUAGAAGACAAAGGGGAUGUUCCAUACGUGGAGUUGGUUGCGAGCAUCGAGAAAAGCAUUCAGAGAAAAGAAAAUGCGGAUGAAAUCAGGUCGGAAGUGUCCAACGCGAUGAUAAACCAUAUCCACUAUCAUCGGCAACCUCGCCACCCACCAGAGGAGUGGAUCCAGAAGGAAGUUUCCAAAAGUAGGAAGUUUUUGAAAGAAAACCCAAACCUGGUGGUAACAAAAGCGGAUAAGGGGAGCAAAACGGUCAUCAUGGAUCUAAACGAGUACCAAACCAAGAUGCAGGAUCUUCUCAACGACGGAACCACGUACAAAAGGAUGACUACGAAUCCGACGAACAGAGUUCUCAAGAAAAUGAACAGUUUUAUCGAUGAAUGGCACAGAAAGGGCUACAUUGAUUUCCGCACACAACGGAGAUUAAAAGAUUCGAGCUGCAAUCCACCAAGAAUCUACGGAUUACCAAAGAUUCACAAAGAGAACCGUCCGCUCCGGCCGGUGGUGUCAACUAUAGGAUCGGCAACAUACAACAUGGCUCGAUUCCUGGCGGACGUAAUCGGAAAAGUGGUUGGAAAAACAGUUUUCCACGUACGCAACAGCUUCGAUUUUGCGGAAGAAAUCACAGGAGUCCAGACAAGUGAAGAAGAGGUAUUGUUUUCGCUGGAUGUGGUCUCGCUCUACACGAACGUACCAGUGGACUACGCGCUGAGGUGUCUGGAGGAAAGGUGGCCCGAAAUAGAACAGCACACGAACAUCGAUAAAGAUAGCUUCGUCGAUGCAGUAAAGGUGGUCCUAGAAUCAACUUUUUUCGUCUACCAAGCCAACGUUUACGCGCAAACGUUUGGCGUUCCAAUGGGAUCACCACUAUCCCCGGUGAUUGCAAAUAUCGUCAUGGAAAAGUUGGAACAGGAGUGCAUGGUGAAACUGGAGGAGAAGCAAAUACGCAUGAGAGUAUACAAGCGUUAUGUGGACGACUGCUUGUGCGUAGCCAGAAAAGACCAAAUUCAAACGAUCGUGGAAGUAUUCAACGAGUUUCACGAACGUUUGCAAUUCACGGUGCAAGAAGAAGUUGAUGCGAAAAUCAAAUUUCUCGACAUGAUGUUGGAACGAGAAAAUAAUAAAAUAACAACAUCCUGGCUUCCCAAACAAGCCAACGGAAGAUAUUUGGAUUUCACAUCCAAAAGUCCGUUCCAGCACAAACAAAACACCGCGAUCGCGCUAAUAGAUCGCGCAAUAAAAUUGUCGUGCGGCGAGAAACGAGAAGAAGCUCUGAACCAAGCCACGCGGAUCCUGGUGAAGAACAACUACCCAACGUGGUUCGUGCACAGGGUGAGAAAACAACGCGUCCACAAGCAUUACAACUCACUUGACACGGAAACCGGACCAGAUCAACACGCAAAGUAUGUGUCUGCUCCCUAUGUACCAUGCUUGAGUGAAAAAUUGAGGAAAAUACUGCGGCGCAAUGACGUGGUAUUAGCGUCCAGACCCCAAAAUAAAAUAAAACACAAAAUCUUUAGCAAGAUGAAGGACCCAAUACCACCAGGGAAGCAGAGAAAUGUGGUGUAUUCCAUACCAUGCGGCGCGAACGACGGGAAGGUAUACGUAGGCCAGACGAAACGAAUGCUGGAGGUGAGGAUGGCCGAGCACAAAAACGAUUGCAAAAAACGGAAUCCGAAAUCUGGCUUAGCUGUGCACAAUAUGGAAGAAGGGCAUUCGUUUAACUUCGAGAAAACAGCAGUGAUAGAACGCAUUGAGGACCCGGAGACCAGGAUUAUCGCAGAGGUAUUCCACAUUAAAAAGAUGGGAGAAAAACAAACGGUCAAUCUACAACGUGAGUGUGGCAACUUUAAUUCCACAUACAAUGGACUAUUGGCCCGACUACCUACACGAUCCAAUACACGAAUGGGAAGACGACCGAACACAAACGAUGACGAAGCUAAUGACGAAACGGGCGAUGUUGGACGUUGA